CGCGUAGAAUAUUACAGUAGCAACAGAAUGGUGAAUUGCACAGUCCAGUCCUGCAGAGGGUGUUGCAACUUUUUUUGACCAAUUUGCAGCGUGCAGGCGCCUCCCCUUACUGCAGUGUGUUCUUGUCGGUGCGGAAGAUCAAGGAAUGUAAAUGUCCUCGGAAGAUCAAGAAGCCCAAGAGGAUGAGCUUCUGGCUCUAGCGAGUAUCUACCAUGAGGAGGAAUUUAGGAGGGCCGAGUCUGCUCAAGGGGGGGAGAUUCGGGUCUGUCUGCAGCUGCCUCAGGACUUUAACAUCUUUGUCAGCGGACAAGACCAGCAUGGCCUGGAGAAGGACAGGGUAGAACACACUGUGUCAUUUCUACCUCCAGUCGUGUUGAACUUUGAGUUACCUUCAGAUUAUCCAUCAACCUCUUCCCCCAUAUUCACCUUGAGCUGCAAAUGGCUUCCCAGAAUUCAGCUUAGUGCUGUUUGCAAACAUUUGGACGAUCUCUGGCAGGAGAGUGUGGGAAGCGUGGUCCUGUUCUCAUGGAUGCAGUUCCUGAAAGAAGACCUUCUCACUUUCCUGAACAUUGAGUCCCCGCUAGAAAUUAAAAAUCCCUCCGAAGGCAGGCAGAAAAAGAACGAACUUGACGACGUUCACAGCAAUGCCAAGGAAGAACCACUGGACCCAAGAGCCAUCCAGGACUCUGACUCCAGGAUCAGCAUCCUUCCUCAGAUCUUGGAUUUCGAUCAGACUCAGCAGCAGAAGGCCUUCGACAAUAAGGCUUAUGUCUGUGGCAUCUGCUUUUCAGAGAAGAUGGGAGCCGAGUGCCUGGAUUUUAAAGAGUGCAAGCAUGUGUACUGCAAGGCCUGUCUCAAGGAGUAUUUCCAGAUCCAGAUCAGAGAUGGGAAUGUCCAGUGCCUUAACUGUCCAGAACCAACGUGCACCUCAGUGGCCACACCUGCACAGGUGAAGGACCUCGUAGGAGAAGAGCUCUUCGCUCGCUACGACCGGCUGCUGCUCCAGUCCAGCUUGGACAUGAUGGCGGAUGUGGUGUACUGUCCUCGGAGGAUCUGCGAGACGGCAGUGAUGCUGGAGCCCGGCUGUACCAUGGGCAUCUGUUCUGGCUGCAAGUAUGCAUUCUGUACCCUCUGUAAACUGGCCUACCACGGGGUGUCACCCUGCAGCACCACUGCAGAGCAGCUACGCGGCCUACGUGAUGAGUACCUGGGGUCGACGGACGAGGGGAAGAAAUUCCUUGAGCAACGCUUUGGGAAGCGGGUCAUUCAGAAGGCAGUGGAGGAGUCCCACAGCCAGGACUGGCUUGAGAAGAACUCCAAGGCCUGUCCGCGCUGUGGCACCCACAUACAGAAGGUGGACGGCUGUAACAAGAUGACCUGCAUCAACUGCCACCAGUACUUCUGCUGGCUUUGCAUGUGUCAGCUGUCACGGGCCAACCCCUAUGGGCAUUUCAACAACAGCACUAUGCCCUGCUUUAACCAGUUGUUUCAAGGUGUCGAUAUUGAGGAUGGUGCAUUCUGGAGCGAUGAAGAAGAUGAAGAUGACUGAUAUGAAAGUUAAAGGGGAUUGCAGUCACAGGAAUCUGCCCGUUCUGUCCUGAUUCGACAUGCCUUUACUUGUCAAACACAUGCUGUAAAAGUUAAACAAUGGAACAGUAGAUCCCCCAGUCUAAGGGAAAAACACAGCGGGCAUCAUCAAAGCUUAUACUGUGGAGCUUCUUAAAUGUAACAAGGGAAGCUUGAACAACUUGCAUUUUGUACUGUUUUAAGUAAAACAUUAUGUUACAAAAUGUAGAAACUGCGGGUCGUGGAAUUUUAAUUUCUCUUUCCAAAAUGUGACACUUUGAAGGUCUAUUGUUUGUUUUUUUUUUUAGGUAUUUGCAAAUUAAAAACUGCACUGUUCCGACACUAUGUACAAGGGGUAUAAAAGAGGCUUGAAACAUAUUUUUGUUUUAUAUGGUGCACACAGCUUGGCUGUCUGCCUUGGCCCAUUUUUUAAGAAUGAAACUGAACACAAAUAAGGUUUUAAUUGUCCAUUCAUAUUUAAGUAACCCCCAGAUGAAAAUCAAUGAACAGCAUCUGAUGGGUACUUUCAGCAUGACUGCAGUCAAAAGAGUAGACAAUCUAUGUUUUUUGUGCAUUUUUUAAGUUAGAAAUCACUUGUUACUUUUUGUUUUAAGUAUUCUAUUCCGUUUUAAAAAUUAGGCAAAUUAGUCAAAACACCUGAAUGAGAUACAGUAGUCUGACCCUGUAAACAUAGUUUUUUGUAAUUUUAGAGUGGCAGAAUAUACAUGGUCUGCAUAUAUUAAUGAUAUAUUAAAAAUAACUAAAUGGCAAUACUGAUUAGUACACACUUUCAGGUGCUUCUCAAGCUUGUGUUACAUCAUGUCCACUCUGCAUCACAUGUUCCUUUAAAACACCAUUUUCCAAAUAAGGAAAUUUAUAAUGAAUCCUUUCUUUAAAUAUACAUCUUAAAUUGUGUGACAAAUAAGGAAAAAGUGUUCAUGCAGUGACUGACAGUUCAGUAAUCUAGCUGCUUUGUGUUUGGGCUGUGCUAUCAUUACUUCUGUUUAACACAUGCAAAUAACGCAUUUCUUUAAGACAUACAAGAAGAAAUAUUACAUUAUUGCUGCUGAUCAUAUUGCUCCUUCACAUAUUAGAGAGGAGCUUUUUUCUAACAUGUAUAGCAAUGGUCUACCAGACAGCCUUUGUUUUUAUUUGAUAAUAUAUAUUUAUCCCUAAAAUAAAUGGUGUAUUUCAAGACUAAU